AUGAUGAUGACUAGUAAAAAUGAUGGUAAUAGCGUUGUUUAUGAUAGUGGUAGUAAUGAUGAUAAUCACGACAAGGAUGGUAAUGAUGAUGAUGAUGAUGAUGGUGAUGAUGGUGAUGACGGUGACGAUGAUGGUGAUAAUGGCGGUGAUGGUGAUGAUGAUGGUGAUGAUCCUGAUGAUAAACGUCAUUGA